UGAUUUUUCUAGUUUUUUUUUUGUCUUUUCUUUUCUUACCUCACCCUGGAUAAAAUUGUAUAAAAGUAUUUUUCUUUCACCGGCACUGCUUGACCUGCUGAAUCCGUGAGUCAUCGGAGGAAGAGGGAUUUCUCCUUUCGCAUCUAGACUCCCUGGAACUACAUCAUCUAAAAUCUAGACUUACCUGUGUUUGGAAGAUAUGAGGUGUGCAGGCUCCUUGUGGAUUGUUUGGUCUCUUCUGGUGCUCAGGGAGGCAGCAGACGCUGGAACAAUCUCAGACACAUCGCUCAGUCCUGGACUGAGCACCGAGAUGGGACAGAGUGAGAAGGUGCUGAGCCAAGGUCAACACAGAUGUGUCGAGCCAUCCAAAAGAUUUGCCCAAAAAAACAGAACCGGUCUGUUCUGCGCUCCAAUGUGGGAUGGGUUUUUGUGCUGGAAUGAGACACCGGCUGGGGAAUCGGUAACUCUACAGUGUCCAGAUCACCCUGACCUCGGUCCAACCGAAAACGUGACCAAAUAUUGUGACAAAUCAGGCAACUGGGUCCAAAUAGGCUCCGCUUGUGGAGCACCUUUAAAGAGCAAAAUAGAGGAAAUUGGUUUUUUAAAGGAUGCGGCAGGAGAGCCAACCACAGAAGCCAUGUGGGUCAGAACAGAAAAAAUUAUUCUUGAAAAUGAAAACAAAUGCCUAGAGAAAAUGAAGAACGCGCUACCUUAUAAUAAAUCAGGCUUGCACUGCAGGAGGAACUGGGAUGGCUGGCUGUGCUGGGACGACACUCCAGCAGGAACCUACGCAUCCCAGAACUGCCCUGAUUACUUUGUAAACUUUGACCACACAGAACAGGCCAAAAAGUACUGUGGAGAAGAUGGAGAGUGGUUUCGUCAUCCAUCGAGCAAUAAAAUUUGGACCAAUUACACACUCUGUGUGACAACCGAAGACAAGAGGCCAGCGAAACUCAAAGUAGAAGAAAAUGAACAGAAGUGUCUGCGAAAAAUGAAACAAGACCCAGCACUCAACAAAACAGCGCCAUACUGCAGUCGUAACUGGGACGGCUGGCUGUGCUGGGACGACACACCGGCAGGUACCCUUGCCUCUCAGAGCUGCCCUGAUUAUUUUUCUGACCUCAAUCCCACAGCAAUGGCUACAAAGUACUGUGCAGAAGAUGGGCAGUGGUUUCGCCAUCCAGUGAGCAGCAUGACUUGGACUAAUUAUACGCUGUGUGUUGACGACAACCUGGAGAUAUUAAGGGCGACUGCACAGUUCUCCCGAAACACUGAGGUGGAUCUCAUCAGUGAAACCACAGAGAGUCCUGAGGUCCAACAAAAGAAUCGGGAAAUUGUGCGGAAAAAGAUCCUUGACAACCAGUACAAAUGCUUUGAGAAAAUUAACAGAGAUCCACCUUACAACAAAUCAGGUUUGUACUGCAGUCGGAACUGGGACGGCUGGCUGUGCUGGGAAGAUACUCCGGCUGGAACUUACACGUUCCAAAACUGCCCCAACUAUUUUGAUGACUUUGACCCCACAGAGAAGGCAACAAAGUACUGUGGGGAGGACGGGCAAUGGUUUCGCCACCCGGAUACCAACAGGACAUGGUCAAACUACACACUCUGCAAUGAAAACACUAAAGCAAAACUAAAGUCGGCUUACAUCCUGUUUUACAUGGCUAUUGUGGGGCAUGCUUUAUCCAUAGCCUCCCUGCUUAUCUCUCUGGCCAUCUUCUUCUACUUCAGGAGUUUGAGCUGUCAAAGAAUCACCCUCCACAAGAACCUGUUCUGCUCCUAUGUGCUGAACUCUGCCCUCACCAUCAUCUACCUCGUCACCGUGGUCAACAAUCCCCAAGUGGUGGCCAGCAACCCGGUUAGCUGUAAGGUUCUGCACUUCUUCCACAUGUACAUGUUGGGCUGCAACUAUUUCUGGAUGCUCUGUGAGGGCAUUUACCUGCACACACUCAUCGUAGUAGCUGUGUUUGCAGAGGAGCAGCACCUACACUGGUACUACCUACUGGGCUGGGGCUUUCCUCUGGUGCCUGUGUCCAUCCACGCCGUAGCGAGGAAAAAGUAUUUCGAUGACAACUGUUGGAUGAGCGUCGAGACCCAUCUGCUCUACGCGGUACACGGACCCAUAGUGGCAGCCCUCCUUGUUAACCUCUUCUUCCUGCUGAAUAUCAUAAGAGUGCUGGUGACAAAGUUGCGAGACACUCACCGAGCAGAGUCCAACAUGUACAUGAAGGCGGUGAGAGCCACCCUGAUCCUGGUGCCCCUGCUCGGAAUACAGUUUGUCAUUUUUCCUUGGCGGCCGGAGAACCGCCUGGCCGGUGAGGUCUACGAGUAUGUCAUGCACAUACUCAUGCACUAUCAGGGUUUGCUGGUGGCAACAAUAUUCUGCUUCUUCAAUGGAGAGGUGCAGGCAGCUCUGAAGAGGCAAUGGAUGCAGUACAAAACCCAGUGGGGUCAGCGACGGAAGGACCACUGCUCAAUGCGCUCUACGUCCUACACGGCCACCUCCAUCACCGAGGUGCCGGCCUUCAUGUACCACCACGAGUGCAACGCCGAGCACCUGAACGGCUGCCACACAAAGGACUCGGAGCUGGUGGCGCUGAAAUCGGGAGACACGUUCGCUUAGGCUACGCUUUCAUCGGAGCGUAACGGCAGACACACACCCGGGUCAGAAGAGAGAAAAUGAAUAAAUCUCAGCGAAUAAAUCUCUAAGGCUAAUUUGUCUGGCACGGGGUCAAUAUACGGGUCCCAGCGCUCACCAGGAGAGAGGAUUAGCUACGAGACUGAAGCAUUUUAUUUACACUUUACUCUUAUGUUGCUGCUGCGGCUCCUUUUUGGGUUUUUUUAAUUCUUUUUGAGAACUUUGAUGUCGAGAACUUGCAGCACGAGAGGAGAGCUGUUCACGAUGUCUGCCGACUUUCUAAAGCUGCUAUUCUGUGUGUGGGUCGGCUCACAGAGACAGAGAGGAAAACAAAUUACUGCAGCUGUGGUGCUUUCUGUUCUUGGUGACAGUACUAAAUGUGACACUUAAGUGGGUAGCAGUUCUAAGACUUUGACAAACAACAUUGGAGUGAUGAAAACCAUCUCUAUGAUUAUUAUUAUUCCUAUCAAGCUGAGGACCACAUCAUGCCUAGCCUCACCUAAACCAAAGGGUACUGUUUGUUCAUCACAGCUAUGAAGACAGAAGCAGAGGUGAAACACGCCUCACACACAUUAAGUUAAUAGGACAUGGAAGAGGCAACAUUUCUAGACACCAUUUUAUGCUUACAGUUCUGGAAUUAUUAUGUACAUAUAUGUAUGUUCAAUUUGUUUCCUUUAACAAAAGGUGUUUCCGUGUUUUGAAAUGACUUUAUGCUUCAAUUUCUGUUUGCGUUUUACUUGUUCAUUCCUAGCUCUGUGCUACCCGUGUCCCGUGAUGCUGCAUUCCUGACGGCUUUGUUGUUUCGAAGUUGCUGUUUUCGUGCCGACGCUGAAUAUCACAGGGCUGAGAGGUGAAAUGUAGACAAAAAUUUUAAAAAAAAAUUCAAAAAAAGAGAACGAUAUAAAGGGUUUAUCAGUCCAAUUUUCUGAGUUAACUGGAAUGCGGCAUCAGCUUUGCCCGCAGUCCUGAUAAAAAUGUUAAUAUCGCUCCUUCUUGAACCUCUCUGCGGUUCGUCCUCGGCCGUCGCAGCAGUGCAUUUCUCUGGCCUCUGUGCGUACCUGUAGGGAUUCAUUUCAUAACCUUCUGUGUGACCGACCAGGGGUGACAAAAAAAAGAUGAAAUGUGGGCGCAAAUCUUAGUGUCACACUGAGGAGAAACAACUGAAGUCACGACUUUUACACGAGGGCACAAACAUAAUUUAUUGACUUACUCUUUCCCUGUUUUCUCUGCUCUACUCAUUUAAACAGUUUUGGUUAAUUGUUUUAAUCAUUGUGAACAUUAAUGCUUUUUUUUAAUUUUAGGCUUUUGGUGAUUUAGUUGAGUCAUUUUUGUAUCAGGAUGAAAUGAUUCAGCAGCAAUGGCUUCUGAAAAUAGGAACUGCAUGCACAAGUCUGGAUUUAUUGGAGAUUUGUUGUCACCCACAGAGGGCCAGAAUCACACCAGAAGGCUCAAACAAAUGCACACACACACACACACACACACACACACACACACACACACACACACACACACACACACACACACACACACACACACACACACACACACACACACACACAAAUAUUUGCUUAAAUGUCCCAGUGGAAGUUACCCAUGGUCAAACUUGAUCGCAGUGAGUAAAGUGGUUCUGUUGUGUCAUUAAAAACCCAAAAUGAAAUCAUGACCUCUACGUACCUCUGACUGGAAACUUUUGUUAAAAUGAUGUCAUUCUCAUAAAGUUAUAAUCUUUAAAGUAGCGCUUAAAGAUCAAAGCUACAGACACAUUUGAAAACAUUUAAACGCAGGCAGAGAAAAUGAUUUAUGUUUAUCAGUAAUACAGUCAACAGACAACAUUUUUAGCUGCUUUUGUAAUCAUAAAUUCUUCCUUGCUCUCAAAUAGAAACUUGCUGCUUUGUAUUAGCAUCAUCUGCUUGAGCGCUUCAGGUUCGAAUCAAUUAUUUUCUAGAAAUAGCCGAUAAAGCUGCUGCACCUCUUUAUAUUCUUUUUAAAAAAUACACACUGUGUUUUCAAAAAAAUGUCUGUAUCCAAUGUGUAGAAUUGCUCCCAAAGGUAACCUACAGCUAAAUUUGAAAAGUAAAAGGUUUUCAAGUGAUGUUUUAAAGAUUUUCAUACUUUAAACUUUGAUCUUUACUCUUCACUGCCACUGUCUUUACUUUGGGUUCCUAUCAUCCGUCUGCCAGUCUGGAGCUGGAAUCUUCACCCUCAUUCUUCUUCCACCCUGACCGUGCCUCAAACCGUCAAACUCGGCAAAUAUGUUUCUAAGGACCUCUUCAACCACUGAAUUAUUCAAUUCGAUGCAUGUUUUGCCUGUUUCCGUCUUUCACCUCACAUUAAGUGCUGAACUGCCUCUGCAGGAAAUGUCAGUAGGUCUUUCCUGCAGCUUGGGUCUUAAUGAUAUGGUUGACGCCGGUUCCUAUUGCUUUUCUGCUAUGUGCCUGUUGUUAGAUCUGGCAUGAGCAGCACCUCAAACUAUUCCUCAAUCCAGCCUUAUGUCCCUAUUGGUAGGGAUCAUCAGUACCAGCCAAACAGUCUGCAUGUGAUACAUGCUUAACCUUUCAAGAUGGUUCUUCUUUGUCCUUCUCUCGCGCCUUCAAUUUCUGUCUCCAGAGACAUUCACCUUCCUGAUGUCCCGCAAGACCUUUGCUGAGUUAUUCACCAGCAAUAACUCAGCAAAGUGGUUUUGAUGCUCAAAGGGUAAAUUUAGGUUUUCUCUUAUUGUUCAGUCUCAGGGUGGUUGACUUACAAUGAAACCCCCAUAAGGAACUUAUGGUGCACUCAGUUGUCUUUUCGACUGUUUAUUAUUAGUUUCACUGCCUCGCGGCGUCUCCAUGGUCUCCACCUUUAAAAGGCAGGUCAUACACCUCUUUCAGCAGCUAUUCACUUUGACACCUUGACAAACUCUUCUUUAGACCGCCUCUAGCUGUUUGAAAAACACAAAUCACGGCAGCAAUGUGACCCCUCAUUAAUAGAAAUGAACUCAUUAAACCUUAGAAGACACAGAGAGUAACUCGGCAGGAUCAAUGCAAAGUGCUACGUAAGAGACUUUUCCCCUUCUAAAGGACAGAACAACGUGCGCCACUUGUCAGAAAACAUCUCCUUAAUAUUCAGCAUAACAUCUUGUACCAGAUAUAUUUGGUCAUUGGCCAUCCCUUCACAACAAAGCGCUGUUCUCAAUUUAGUACCUUUCAAGCAUCACUGCUGUGUAAUAAAACCCCAUCGGUUCUCUCUUGAGAACCAUUCAUUGUAUGUCAAUGGCAAGGGUUGACAAGCAUGGACAAUUGCAACAGAACACUGUCAGACCACAAAGCUGCCAAAGGAUUUUAUUUUGCUUCAUGAUCAGAAGUUCCUGAUCAUGGGUCAACUUCUUUGGAUGGGUCAACAUGUGCUGUAGAAAAUGAUGAAGAGAGUGAUUUACAUGGUCACUAAAAAUUGACAAAAAAAAAAAAAUAAUUUAAAUUAAAACAAUCUUCAAAACUCCCAGAGGGCUAUUACGCAAGACCACAUAAAAUGAGUCAAAGAAAGUCAGGCUUCUUUGGAAAUCAUCAAAAAAAAAAUGUUAGCACCGUAUGUCUAUGAGUUUGUUUUCUUUUAUCAGCCCUGUGCAAACAGAAAAAGAAAAGUGACAAUCAUUGACAGAAUGGUUUUACAAAAAAUGUACAUGUUCUAUUUUAUUAUUAAACUCAUCCUCCUCUUCA